AUGGAAGAAAAAAGGGAGGAAAAGAAGGAAGGUAUAAAGGAGGAGGAAAAGGAAAGGGACAAAGGGAACAUAGAAGGAGAAAGAAAAAUGAUUGAAAAUCUCAAACCUAAACGAAUCAAACGAAAUGAAAAGGAGGAGCGAAUCGCUCAAGGAAAGGAAGUGCGGAAUAAAGGCGAUUAUCCAACUUUUAAUGAUGUCGAAAGCGACUGGGAUUCAGCAAAAGAAAACAAAGAAAAAGAAGGGAAAGAUGAGGAGAAGAAAGAUUCCGAAGUGAAAGCUUCUGAGCAAAAGGAAGAAAGGAAGGAAGGAGAGAAGGAUAGAAAAGAGGGAGAGGAAAAGAAAGACGAGAAAGAGAAUGUAAAAAAGGAUGAAGGUGUCAAAAACGAAAAUACAGGUGAACCAGCAACAAAGCCAACGCAGUCUCUGACGCCAGUCAUUGAUGUAACUCAGAAGAACAUUACCGUAGUUCCGCAAAAAUUAUAA